GGGCCGCGGGAGCUGAACCGGCGCGGAGGAUGAGCCAGGCGGGCAGCCCGGGGAGAGCCUACGACUUCCUGCUGAAGUUCCUGCUGGUGGGCGACAGCGACGUGGGCAAGGGCGAGAUCCUGGCCAGCCUGCAGGACGGCGCCGCCGAGUCGCCCUACGGCUACCACAUGGGUAUAGAUUACAAAACUACAACAAUUCUUCUGGAUGGCCGACGAAUCAAGCUACAACUCUGGGAUACAUCAGGGCAAGGGAGAUUCUGCACCAUAUUUCGGUCAUAUUCAAGAGGUGCUCAGGGAGUAAUACUAGUGUACGACAUUACCAAUCGUUGGUCAUUUGACGGGAUCGAUCGAUGGAUAAAAGAAAUAGAUGAGCACGCUCCUGGUGUACCAAAAAUCCUGGUUGGAAACCGCCUUCACUUAGCUUUCAAGCGCCAAGUGUCUACUGAACAAGCACAAACCUACGCCGAGCGGCUGGGCAUGACUUUUUUUGAAGUCAGUCCACUUUGUAAUUUCAAUAUUACAGAGUCCUUUACUGAGCUGGCAAGAAUAGUAUUGAUGAGACAUGGAAUGGACAGGCUCUGGAGACCAAACAAGGUACUGAGUCUGCAAGACCUUUGUUGCCGUGCCAUAGUUUCCUGUACCCCUGUGCAUCUUGUUGACAAGCUCCCUCUCCCAGUUGCCUUAAGAAGCCAUCUCAAAUCUUUCUCCAUGGCCAACGGUCUUAAUGCCAGGAUGAUGCAUGGACGCUCGUAUUCACUCACAUCCAGCAACAUCAAUAAAAGGAACAGCUUAAAGAAAGCUAAAAUUAUCCGUCUGCCACAGAGCCCACCAAAAAACUGUACAAGAAACAGCUGUAAAAUUUCUUAAGCUCUGUGAAAAAAAGGAACCUGAAUGGAAUCCCUUCAUGUGAAGCAUUGAAUGCGAGGACUCCUUUUUUUAAUAGUAGAGCAUACUCUAUGUAGGUAUCACACUACAUAGACAAAAAUAAGAAAAACAAGUACUAUUUUAGAGCUUGCUCACUACAGUAAUGCUGCUUUGGAAUGAGUUCAGUGCUACUGAAAGGAUGUGAUGUUUUGCUGUUGGACUUGCAUACUUUAUUUUAGUUUCUGACAUGCAUGAUGCCAUUGUUUUCACUACUUGAUGUAUUUUCCUAUGGGGAAUAAUUAUCAUUAUAUUGAGUUCAUAAUUCCAUUAAAUCUGGAAUGUGGCUUAUGGUGUAAUUGUUUUAAAAAAAAAUCCUGUCUUUUUGCAAAUUAUUAAAAACGAGUCAUUGGUUUACAUAUUCGGGCAGAGGUUUUUAAAUGCAAUGUAUUGUAUACAUUGUAAAGUCUACAAAUAGUGCAACCAAUUCUAGUAAUAUUGCAGUUGUGUAUUUGGAUGUUUGGUAAAGCUUCCUUGAUGACUUCAAAGCACUAACUGAACUAAGCUAAAAAUGUGUAUAUAACAAUGAUGCACAUAUGCAACAAGGUUUUGUCCCAUUAGUAUAUGUAAUAGAUUUGAUAAAGUUUUUUGGUAUGUUAUUUAAUACUUUGGGGGAUUAAUUUGUGGUUUAAAUACUUAUUUUUCUGUAAAAAAAAAAAAUAUAUAUAUAUAUAUUACAUUUUAUACCACUCUACAGGAAAGUUCUAGGAGGAAAAUGCCAAAGAUACUGUGGUUAAGGGAGCAUGACUUGAAAAGCUGCUUUAUAAGAAAAGAGCACUAUUUAAAAAAAAAAAAAAAAAAAAGCUUCUGGAAAAUAAAUCCCAUUAAGCUUUAUUUAAUUGAAGAAAGUUGUCUUUAUCUUCUUUGAGAAGAAUUUGAAGAACAGUAUACCUGAAAUGGGCAGCAGGAACAUGAAGCCAUCCUAAAAGCAUUAUGUAAUGCUUUGGAUACGUCUGUCUUCAAGAUUGUGAACUGAAAUGCAGAAGAAUACAUGUCAAGUGUUCCCCUUCUUUGCAAAGAAUAGCGUGAGUCCAUCUGAGCAGUAGGAAUUCUUUGAGGUGAUGGCGUAAUUUGACUCCAGUUUCGUCUAGGCAUCUUCACAAAUGGGCAAUACCAUCAAGUUAGGUAUCUUUAAUGUUCCCCCUGGCUCAGACUAGGCCUUCACAGCCUCUCUAUGUGAGUAAAGAAAAUUAAAACCAGUAAAAUGCCAAAUCUGUGUCAGGAUCUGGACUGAUAAAUGCAGUGCUACUUGAAAAUAAAAGUGUGAUCAACGUA